UCCACGAGUAGUUCGAAAGGAUGGUCCAUCGCCUAUUUCUCGUUCGCGCUCGGGAGCCAAAACGAACACGCCUGAUACCUACUGUACUGUACCUUCGACCAGCCAUUCUACCCUUGUGGAAUCGGAACCAACCACCACUGCAUUGCGCUCGAACAGUUGAGCGGCCGCCGGCCGGAAACUUCCGUACACAUACACAGAUAUAGAUUCAUUCUUCGUCCAACUUCACAACCCUUCGCGGGUUGGUCAGAAGUCAGUCAGAUCUGAAAUUCUCCUCUCUCUGUUUUUCUGAAUUGGAUAUGUCAUAUAAUUAAGCAAGACUGGUUUUUGCCCCUGCGUUGUUGAAAACUAUAGCCCAUUGAUCAAUAAUGAGAGUAUCAUCAGCCUCCGCGGACGACCGUGCUGCUACAAUCAGCGGCGAAGGCUACCGAGAUGCGGAGACACUAUUCCGUACGAAACCGAUUUCUCAAAUUCGGGAUGUGGAAGCUACAACGAGAAAACAGAUCCAGGACAAGAAGGAGGAGCUUCGCCAAUUGGUUGGCAACCGCUACAGAGACCUUAUUGAUUCUGCUGACUCUAUCGUCCUCAUGAAGUCCUCCUGCGAGUCCAUUUCUUCUAAUAUAGCUUCCGUCCAAACUAACAUUUGUUCCCUCUCAGCAUCUCAUGUAUCGGAAACCCCCAAAUUCACCAACCCUAACCCCGCUCGUCUCCGAAUCUACGGGAUCGCGUGUCGCGUCAAGUACUUGGUUGACACCCCCGAGAACAUCUGGGGAUGCCUCGACGAGUCCAUGUUUCUGGAAGCCGCUGGGAGAUACAUUCGUGCCAAGCAUGUGCACUAUAAUCUUAUGCAGGCACACAAUGCUGAUGCUGAAUCCAGUGCUGAAUGGGAUCACACCAAGAUCUUGUCCAAUUUCCCACUUUUGCAACAUCAGUGGCAGAUUGUGGAGAGCUUCAAGGCCCAGAUUUCACAGCGGAGUCGCGAGAGGUUAUUGGAUCCGGGCCUCGACAUUGGGGCCUAUGUUGAUGCUUUGGCUGCGGUUGCUGUCAUCGAUGAAUUAGAUCCUAAGCAGGUUCUUGGUUUGUUUCUUGAUACUAGAAAGUCUUGGAUUUUGCAGAAGUUAGCUACUUUUGGCGGUAAUGAUAAUAACGCUGCCACCGGUGAGGUUGUGGCUUCUGUAUUUUGUGAAGUUCUGAAGAUCAUUCAGGUUAGUGUAGCGCAAGUCGGUGAGUUGUUUUUGCAAGUUCUGAACGAUAUGCCUCUGUUUUACAAAGUUAUUUUGUGUUCCCCGCCUGCCUCUCAAUUGUUUGGUGGAAUUCCUAACCCAUAUGGGGAGGUGAGGUUGUGGAAAUUGUUUAGGGAAAGAUUGGAGUCCACCAUGGUUAUUCUUGAUAAACAGUACAUUGCAAGUACUUGUAUGACUUGGUUGAGAGAUUCUGGUGGAGAGGUUGUGAGUAAUAUUAAUGGCAAGUACCUGAUUGAUGCUAUUGCCACUGGUGGGGAACUUUCAUUGGCUGAAAAAUUGAUACGAGGGACCAUGGACAGUAAGCAAGUUUUGCAGGGGAGUUUGGACUGGCUCAAGAGUGUGUUUGGCUCUGAGAUUGAGUUGCCCUGGAGUAGGAUCCGGGAGCUGGUUAUAGAAGAUGACUCAGAUCUAUGGGAUGAAAUAUUUGAGGAUGCUUUUGUUCGGAGGAUGAAAGACAUUAUCAACUCUGCAUUUGAUGAUUUGGCAAAAGGUAUUGAUGUGGAGGACUCCGUUGGCACAAUUGGAGAGGCUCCAGGCGAACAUAUCGACUUCCAGGGUUACCUGAACAGACCUUCCACAGGUGGUGGUGUUUGGUUUAUAGAAUCCAAUGCAAAUAAGUCUAGUCUAAUAUCAGGUUAUAAGGCAUCAGCUGAAGAAAAUGAUUUUGAGAGUUGUCUCAGUGCAUACUUCGGUCCUGAAGUUAGUCAAAUAAGAGAUGCAGUGGACAGUCGCUGUCAAAGUGUGCUUGAGGAUUUACUCAGUUUCUUAGAAUCUCCAAAGGCAGUACUCAGGCUAAAAGAUCUGGGCCCAUUUCUACAAGAGAGAUGUUACAGUUGCUUGUCCACCAUUUUGUCAGAGCUUAAGAGGAUCCUUGACAAGUUAAAUGCUGCCAUGGAAAGUGCCAGCAAGGGAAGUCCAUCUGUGCCACCUGCUAUAGUUGUUGAGAGAUCCCUUUUUAUUGGGAGACUGUUGUUUGCAUUUCAGAACCACACAAAACAUGUUUCCUUGAUACUUGGAUCUCCAAGGUUUUGGACAAAAGAUAAUGUGGCUGCAGUUUUUGACAAAUUACCAUCUGUAUUAAGGCAACCUCAAGUUGCAAUAGAUUCUCCAAUUGCUGGUAGUCCUGGCAGGCAAACACGCGCCAGACGACAAACUUCAUCUGCAACAGCUGCUUUGCUUGGAGCAAGUGAAGAUUCAAGUCCUAAACUUGAAGAACUAGCUAGAAUCACCAGGGAACUUUCCAUCAGAGCUCACAACUUGUGGAUAUUCUGGUUAUCUGAUGAGCUUUCAAACAUUCUUGCUCGAGACCUUGGAAAGGAUGAUGGAUUGUCAGCAACAAUUCCCUUGAGGCAGGGCUGGGAUGAGACAGUAAUCAAGCAAGAACAGUCUGAUGAGAACUAUUCUGAAAUGAAAAUAUCACUCCCAUCCUUGCCUUCUUCCUAUAUUAUCUCUUUCCUUUUUCGAGCAUGUGAAGAAAUUCAUAGGAUUGGGGGCCAUGUACUUGACAAAUUGAUUUUACAAAAAUUUGCAGUAAGACUACUGCAAAAGCUCAUUGAAAUUUAUGAGGACUUCCUAUCGAUUAGAGAUUCCCAUGCAUCUCAAGUGUCAGAGAAAGGAGUUCUACAAAUACUCUUAGACCUAAAAUUUGCUGCAGAUGUUCUUUCUGGGGGUGAUUCCAAUAUGAUUGAGGACCUAUAUAAAAGUCCUACAGUGAAGGUUUCUUUCAGAAGGAAGCUGGAACAAAGACAAACAUACUCAGUCUUUGGAGAGCGUAUUGAAGGGUUAAUUAGUCGUUUUUCACAAAAACUGGAUCCAAUAGACUGGCUUACGUAUGAGUCAUACCUCUGGGAGAAUGAGAAACAAUCAUACCUGCGACAUGCUGUCCUCUUUGGAUUCUUCGUGCAACUGAAGCGGAUGUACACAGAUACCAUGCAGAAACUGCCUUCAAAUCCUGAGUCAAAUGUAAUGAGAUGCUCAUCUGUUCCUCGUUUCAAAUACCUUCCAAUCAGUGCUCCAGUCUUAUCCACAAGGGGAACAGCGAAGGCAUCCAUUCCUGCAGCUUCAGAUGAUAUCUCCUCAAGAAGUUCCUGGAAAGCCUAUAACAAUGGGGAGCUCUCACAAAAGAUUGACUUGAAUGGCAACUCAAGUUUUGGUGUAGCAGCACCAAUUUUGAAGUCCUUUAUGCAGGUUGGCAGCAGGUUCGGAGAGAGCACCCUAAAGUUGGGAUCCAUUUUAACUGAUGGGCAAGUAGGGAUAUUCAAAGAUCGAUCAGCAGCUGCCAUGUCAACAUUUGGUGAUAUUUUACCUGCCCAAGCUGCGGGUCUUCUUUCAUCCUUUACAGCAACCAGAUCAGACUCUUGAUUUCACAUUUCAUCUGUUCUGUUCUCUCCUUUAAUCAGUUGCAAUACUUUAUUCCAGUGAAGAGCACUAAGAAAUUCCCCUAAUAUAGGGAGGUUAUGAUGCUGGAAUUUGGUACCUGUGACCCAAGUGGAAUGGUUAUACAUAUGGUGUGUAUAUAACCAAUGAGAAGAUUCACAGGUGAAGUGAACAGAGGGGUUGGAGCUGUUAAAAUAGUGGUUGUAUUCAAGGAACCUUGAAAAUAGGGAUUUUUAAGUGUUGCUUAUGGGGAAUCAUAAGCAAUUAUGUUCCUAUGUCAAUAUUCUAUUGGGAGGAAUGAAAGUAGUAUAGUACAAGUGUGUGAGAUGUAUAUUUCAGAGUUCUCGUUUAUGUAGAAACUGUUGCCUUUCCCAACAUAACAAGCAGAGUGAACUUUUAUUAGGUUUGAGGUUUUGAUGAUGGAUCUGAAUAUUUAGAAGAUGGUCAGUCUUGGUUCUCGGUU